CCCCCUCCCCCCCCUCCCCCCGGGCUCCAGGGGGCAGCAGGGUAACUCACGUAGCUGCGCGGGGGACCAGCCCGGUUCCGCUCGCGGCUGUUUAAGGCAGCGGCUCAUUCGCUUGCCCCCAAGCUUCCGCCCCCUUUCCCUGCCCGGCUGGAGGCUGAGGUCACGGCCUGCCGCCAGGAGCCCCGUCCACCGGCGCCCGCUGCCGGGGCGGGGGCCAUUGACGUAGCGCGGUGCAAGGUUCCCCCCCCCCCCCGCGCGCGCGCUCUAUAAAGGCGGGGCCCGGCGGCUUCGCGGCGCUUCGGCACCAUGGAGAGCGCCCGGCUCCUCGCGCUCCUGAGCGCCGCCUUCCUGCUGCUUCUCGGCGCCCGCGGCCAGGAGGAGCCGGAGCUGCAGCCUCGCGCCUUGGACCUCUACUCCACCAUGGAGGACACGUCCCACGAGAAAGAGCUGAUCGAGGCGCUGCAGGAGGUCCUGGCGAAGCUGAAAAGUAAAAGGAUCCCGGUUUACGAGAAGAAAUUCGGCCAAGUCCCCAUGUGUGAUGCUGGCGAGCAGUGUGCAGUGAGGAAAGGAGCUAGAAUUGGGAAGCUCUGCGACUGUCCAAGAGGAACUUCUUGUAACUCUUUUCUUUUGAAGUGCUUAUAAAGAAUUCCCCACGGAACAACAAAAGGACCCAGUGACCUUGCCUGAAAGUAAUACCUGUGCUCACCUGAAGGCAGUGGAGAAAACCUCUUGUGGUUUGUUAUUCAGAGAAAGUCAGUUAGAAAUUCUAAAGGUGCCAGUGCAGUGCCAUUUCUGACGUUCAGCAUUUGUACUCUCUUUCUCUGUUUAAUUUUGUCAGUCAAAAUGUGUGUAUCACUGUGUAAAGGAGUUUCUUAUAUUUGGAAAUUGUAUUUUUGUAUGUGGAAUGUCCUAAUGCAAAUUAGAGCUAGACAGCACUUGUAAAUUACAGGCCUUUCCAGAAACGAACUGAGGGGGAAACAAAGACAAAAUAAUACAGCAUGUACAAAUUAUACAUAGUGAUGUUUUUAGUCUAUUGCCUUUUUGCAUUGCAGUCUAUAAGUCUGCUUCAUGUUAGGGAAAUUGUAUGAUUGGCUACACCAUUCUGUUGACCAGCCCAUUUGGCAGCAGCUGCUGCUGUGGUAUCACUAAGCCGUCAAAGCCCAGCUUUGGUGUCUCAGUUGAAAGAACAGAAGCACUUUGGAUGCAGCAUGCUCAUUCCCUAGCGGGUGGGAAGAGCCUCAUUGCAAAAUACCGACUCUCCUGGAAAAAUAAGCAGUGGAUUUCAGAGGUUUCUCCAGCCCUCCUUGGUCAGAAGGGUGACUGCAUUUUGACUUGGCUAUGAGUGUGAGGGGCAAAACUUGGAAAAUAUGGGGAUCCUUCUGUUGUCGUUAGCGAUGCACAGGCACUUCUAUGUGAAAAACAUUCUGGCCAGGUAUCUUCAUUCAAUUAAGUACAUACAACUCCGUAACGGCCAGUGGGAGAGUGUUCAUGCCUAUGAGGGUACAAUUUAACUCACCCUGUAGAUUUAAGGAUGAAAAUCUUACAAUAUUAGCAUCGUAAAUAUGAGGAAAUCUUGCAUGAAAUUGAUAGGACUCACUGGCAUAGUAACAUCUUCCUGUCUGACUAAUCAAUUGCUUUCCCAGGGCUACUAUAGAGAGAAACUGUCUAGAUUCAUUACCAAAUGAUGCAGAAUGUUUCAAUUAUUUAAAGGCACACAAGACAAAUUAUUCACGUAUUUCUAUAACAAACUGAUGUAAAGCUUCUAUUACAUGUUUCAUAGGUGUCCUAUAUGUUUCAAAAAAGUCAUAAUGUGUGUUCAACCUUUAUUUACUCUCCGUUAAUAAAAUCAUUGUGACAAGGACAAUGUUUGGAAAAAGUUUUAAUUUUGUCAACAAGCACUGCAAGGAAUUAUUUUUGUAAACUGUAAAAGAUUUUAGUUUUCUUUUGUUUUGGUAAUAUCUGCAUUAUUAAUACAUUUUGGACCAGAUUGUCAGAGCUCCCAUCCGCAAAAAUGCAGGUCAGUUACCAUGAUUGUGCACACAAGUGGCAUAGACUGCAUGUGAAAAUGGACAGUUGGAUACUUAAAAAGACAUUUCUGCUGUGAUUUUUGUAUACAAAUUGAGGCUUAGUCUCAUUAUUCAUUUAAUUCAAAUUGCUGCAAAUGUGUAUGAUUUUUCCCAGAUGUCAUCAUCAAAUAGCUCAGUUAUUGUUCUUCCUUUACCUUGGGAGACAUAUAUCAGAAUUCAAAGGGACAGAUUUAUGGCUUGUCAUUAAGCCAAUGUUGCUGCACCACUUAUUUUCAAAAAUGUAUAUGCAAAAAACAAAGUUAAUGCCUAGGUAAGGGUGAUUGGUGGUAUGUUGUCCUCUUGCAGAACACUGAGUUGAACAAAACUCAAACU